AUGCUGAAGCACGUGGUGAAUUAAUUUUUCUGUAUUUUUUGCAAUAUUCCCCGGUUUCAGGCCAUUUUGGUCAUCGUGCUUCUGGAAAUUGGAGUACACGCUUCAGCUAUUCAGGUGGCUUCCGUUGCGAAAAAAGGUAAUUUUCAAAUUUCCCACGUGAAAAAAUUCUUUUUUUUUGGUUAAGUAACUUGUGAAACGCUGAAAUGCGAGGAAAAGCCUGGACAAGUCUGCUUUCAAACCCUGGAUGAGGAUCCGAAAUGCGUGGAAAGAAAACGAAAUGUCGAAUAUUGUGCGGAUAAACAGUGCAAUAUGGCUAUGACUUGCAGAGAUUCAGAAAUCGGAUAUAUUUGUUAUGCGACCAGAUAUGGUUAGUUUUUAUUUCAUUGUUUUUCUAUUUUUCAAAUCAGUUUGAUUUCAGAUGUACCAGGAAGUUGCUUCAACUUGGUGUGCGACAAAAAGAGAGAAGUUUGCGUUCAGAAAAAGGGAAAAUCUGCGAAAUGCGUCAAAAUCGAGAGUGAUUUUUAAACUUACUUUGAUUCCUAAUGUCAAAAAAAAUUUUUUAGAAUUCGGAACACUUGAAUGAAUUAUAAAAGUUAGAGUAAAGGUAGAGACCGCAAAGCCACGCCCCUUUUUUCGAUGGUGAAAUGCGAUGGUUUUUUAGAUUUCGUGUUUGAUGUUUCCGUAAAAGCGCAAUACUGAAUCAAACACAGAGAAAAUUGGUGUAAACAUAGAGAAAACCUUCCUCUUCUAUCUGAUACGCUUUUCACCCGAUUUUCGUAGCGUUUUAGCGGAGUGUCGUACAAAAAACCAAAACUACUUUUUUCUUCGGGUUUUUAACCUAGUUCCAUGUCGUUGGCGCCUUUUUUUAUUUUCGAAUUCGAUUCUUAAGUGAAAAACAAAUCUUUUAAGACAAAAAAAUUAAAAUUUUUACGGUGCCUAAUCUGCGUGAGGCCGCGCAAAGUUGAAGAUGUUGUACUCGGUUUCGAGAGCGUGUAAGUAAAAAAUUUUUAGCGCGAACGCCUCCCAUCUCCGAGAGAUGUGCGUGGAGCAGCGCAAGUGCGCUUGCAUACAGUUUUGAUAUCGCGAGUACGAAUUAUGACUUUGAAAACCGAACUAAGCUACUGAAAAAUUUAAAUCCGAUAUGAAAACAAAAUGAACGACCAAAGGUGUAAAAUAUAAACUUUCAGUACUAAAUUUCGCGACUUUUUUCACUACUGUUUUGACCAUAACUUUCUUUGUUCUCAACCUUUUUUGAAAAACUAAACUGUUUUGAAUAGUAAAUUAGAGCAGCUAUCCAACCAUAGUAAUAUUGAAGUUCGAAAAUUUUUUUGAAAAUUUGGUUGCGGUCCCUAAGUAAAAACGAAAUGCCCUUUUUUCCAACUCAGCCUAAACCUAAAUGGCGCACUCAGACUCACGGUAGACCGAGGAGACGGUCCACUUAAAUGAUCACUAAAGAGAAAAAGCUCUACCCGAAUCGUCUAUCUAGUGAUCACUCAAAAAAAAGCGACUUCAUUUUUUUUUUUUGAGCAAAAAUAGCGGAAAAAAUGCAAUGACAACUAGGAAUUUGAAAUACUUCGAGCAAACCUCCGGAAAUAAACAACAUAUACUUGCAGACGCUCCAAAAUGCGAAGACAAGAAUGAAAUCUACACGGAUUGUGAAGCCGGCUGUGACGCUAGUUGCAAAGACCCUGAACCAGUAUAAAUUUUGUUUGUAUUCAUUUCAAAUUAGAAAAUGUUGAGGUAUGCGACCAAUACGUGUGCAAUACCGGGUGCAAGUGCCGCAAAGGUUUUGCGAGAAUCAAUGGAACUUGUCAGACUUUUGAUAAAUGUCCAAAGAGCGAACUGGGCAGUUUAUCCUGUUCUUUGAGACCCUAAUAUUAAUACUAAUGUAUUCCAGUGGGAAUCUGCCAACCCAACGAGUACUUCACCUACUUUCCACCCAGCUGUUCAACUAAUUGUCGUGGCGAGGAGAUAGUUCAAUCUUCCUAGCUGAACUUGAAAUUCGAAGCAAAAUUUCAGUGUGAAUCGAUAACUAUAUGGGGCGCCACCUGUACCUGUAGGCCUGGGUACAAAAGAAACGCAUUUGAGGAAUGCGUACAUAAUACUCAGUGUUACAAAGGUUUCACAUGUGUCAAAACUUAGAAAUAGUUGGGUUUUGUUCAGAAAUCUGCCGCCGGAACGAAAAAUGGGACAAAUGCAAGAAUUGUGAGACAACUUGCGACGCUCUCGGACUGAGAAGCUGUCAUUCGAAAUACUGUUAUUCCGGAUGCCGCUGCUUGGAUGAUUAUGUUCGUGACCGAAAUGGGAAUUGUGUACUCAUGUCUAACUGCUCAUGA